AUGCCAAUUAGAAGAAGGGAUUCGCAAGAGUUUGAGAUAAUGUUCCCUUUGAAUGACUACAAUGAGGUUCAACAUGACAUUGCUGUGAUGAAUGCUACGCAGGAUAAGUGGCAUGACAUGGAAGUGGAGUCAUUAUUGAAAAGUUUUGAAAAUACUCCUAUUAAUGAUUCACCAUUGCAAACAAGUGAAACCCCUAGCCAAAUGCCUUUGACUAUUUCUUCUAAGUCCUUAAAAGCUUCCACUAAAAAAAAUCCAACGAAAAUUGCUAUUAGGAAGGGCAUUUUGGUGAAAGCAAGCUCACAGUCUUCACAGCCUUCACAACCUUCACAGCCUUCUCAACCUUCUGUGAGUGUGGAAACAAAGCGUAAGAACAGGAGAGCUAUUAGUAAAAGUCAACAAAUUCAGGUUGAUGGUGAUGAGGGUUGUCCAUUUGACAAUGAAGAUGAUGAUUAUAGUCCAUCAGAGACUAACAGUGAUGAUGAUGAUGGUGAUGAUGAUUUUACUGAUGAUGAGUGA